CCCAACAAAUUUCCAAAAAAAUUUCUCCAUUAGAGACAGACAAAAUUCCUUGUUUCCUUCUUCCCCACUGCCUCUGUAAUCUCCAUUGCCGGCUUCCCUCAUAAACCAAUGCAACUCUCAUUUGUCACUUUUCUAUAUCCCUGAAACCCAACUCAAAAAUUCCCAAUUCUUUCGUUAUUUUCUUUCUUUUCUUCAAUUCUCGUUCUGUAAUUCAGGAGUGAACCAUUUGAUCUUUCUAUACUUUUUUGUGAUACCCUUUUGGACGUACUGUAGUGAGGUUUUCGAGAUGUUUGAUCUUAAUCUUAGUUCUGAUGAUGUUCCAGUGGAACCCAUCUCUGUUCUAGGUGAAGUAGCGUCGGAAAAGGUUAAUGAAUUGUUAUUUAAUCAAAUGGAAAACUCAGGAACUUCUAAUUCCUCUAUUGUUAACAUGGAAACUUCGAGUACUGCUGGUGAUGAUGAGUAUUUUAGUUCUGAUCAUCGUCACCGCGAUGGUUUUACAUUUGCUAUACUGAAAACUGAUAAGGAAGCUAAUAAUGAAUACGAAGGAAGUGGGGAUCGUGGUGGGUUUAUAAUAAAGGAGUUGUUUCCAUUGGUGAAUGGAGAGGUGGGGUUGGAUCUUCCGGCGAAUUGCGGUGAUUUGAAUGAGCAGAGGAUCGGUAAAACUCCGCAACAGAGAUUACAGGCGAAGAAGAGUAGAAGAGGACCUAGGUCUCGGAGUUCUCAGUAUCGUGGAGUUACAUUCUAUCGAAGGACUGGAAGAUGGGAAUCCCAUAUCUGGGAUUGUGGGAAACAAGUUUACUUGGGGGGUUUUGACACUGCACAUGCUGCUGCUAGGGUGUAUGACCGUGCUGCAAUUAAAUUCCGAGGACUUGAUGCAGAUAUCAAUUUUAACAUCAGUGAUUAUGAAGAAGAUCUGAAGCAGAUGAAGAACUUUAGCAAAGAAGAGUUUGUGCACAUACUUCGUCGUCAGAGCAAUGGCUUCUCUAGAGGAAGUUCAAAAUACAGAGGAGUCACUCUACAUAAAUGUGGGCGAUGGGAAGCACGGAUGGGGCAGCUUCUUGGAAAGAAAUAUAUCUAUCUUGGACUAUUUGACAAUGAGAUAGAUGCUGCAAGGGCAUAUGAUAAGGCUGCUAUAAAAUGCAAUGGGAGGGAGGCAGUCACCAACUUUGAGCCAAACACAUACGAAGGGGCACUGACUUUGGAGGCUGACAUUGGAGGCAGAGAUCAUAAUCUUGAUCUAAAUUUGGGCAUAUCUCUCUCUUCCUAUGCUGAGAAUCAACAUGGAAACACUAGCCAAAUUGGAAACUUCCAGUGCCGGCAUGGUUCAAAUGGUUUACCUGAACAUCAUGGAGAAGUCCGGACCCCUGCUUCUACAACACUGAGAAGUAAACUGCUACUUCAUGGCCAGCAUAUGCUAACUCAGCAUCCCGUCCAUUGGAACGGAUCAAAUGACAAUCUCUUUCCAACAUUUAAGGUUUCAGCAAUAGAGAAGGGCUUGGAAGUCGACGCCUCUUUGAAAUGGAUGGGGCAUGACCAAAAUACUUAUGAUGGGAGUCCUACAUUGCCACUCUUCUCUACUGCAGCAUCAUCAGGAUUCGGAAAUUCAGCAAACACUGCACCCUCAGCUGUCACUCAUCUGCUACACUUUGGAAGUGGAGCACUACCUUUCCCCAUUCACCAUCCCUCACCAACAUGAAUCUUUCACAUCAUUAUUUCAGGAGUUGAACAGUCGGCUGCUAAACCUAUUACAAUGAUCAAUAUCUUUUCUUAGGUUGAUCAGGACCAUACCAGUACACAUCCGAUUACAAUGGGUUUAGUUUUAUUAGUUAGGAGAUGACUACUGAGUUUUAGACAAUUUUUUGCUUUGUUAAGUUCAACUAGGCCACGAAUCUUAACAGCAACUACGUGAUUGCAAGCUGCUUAUUGGCAAUUUUCUUCUAUGUACUCUACGUAUUGUUGGUGCCUUGACAGUUGUGAUUUACGACUAUUUUU